AAUGGGUUGGACUUGAUGGCCCUUGGGGUCUCUGCCAACUCUAUGAGUCUAUGAUUCGUAGAAGGAAGGCGUCCUUGAGGGUGGCUUGGGCUUUGUGAGGGUUAAACCCGAAGAGAGAGCUUCCCAGAGAGGAAGGAAAUGGCUGGGGCAGGGGCUUAGCUGGGCGGGGUCCUUUCCCCUCCGCUUCCUGGAGAGUCCUUGGGGCAGCAGGAGCCAAAGGGAGAGCGAAGGGCGAGGGAAGGGAGGCUGUGCUUCGGGGCAGUCAGUGUUGCCAAGAAGGGAUUCCCCAAAUCCCCGGAAUUCCCCAAGAUUUACCGCAAUAUUCAGUCGAAAUCCCCGGAAAGAAAUCAAUUAACUUCCCCGGAUUGCAGGGGCUCCUUGCCUUCCUCGGCUGGGGCCUGGCAGUAACUUUGCCACCAGGGCUUUGUCUGCGGGAGAGUGGCCUGAGCUGGAACUGUCAGGGAGCAGCAUUCAGAGAUGGAAAAGCAAGACUGGCCUGGCCUGGAGUGGAGAAAAGGCCCUGCCAAUGUAUAUCCUGGAGGCAGAGGAGGAUCCUGGGAAAGAGGAGCCAUGCAGAAGCCCCUGGGGGAGCAGCCCCUCAGUUCAGAGGAUCAAUGCCAGUCCUUCAGGCAGUUUCUCUAUGAGGAGGCUGAGGGGCCCCGAGGGAUUUGCAGCCGACUCUCCAGUCUUUGCCAUCAGUGGCUGAAGCCAGAAAGGCACACCAAGAGUCAGAUGCUGGACCUGGUGCUCCUGGAGCAGUUCCUGGCCGUCCUUCCCCCAGAGAUGGCCAGCUGGGUCAAGGAAUGUGGGGCAGAGACCAGUUCCCAGGCGGUGGCCCUGGCCGAAGGCUUCCUCCUGAGCCAGGCAGAGGAGCAGAGGCAGCAGCAAAAGCAGCAGGAAAUGUUUCUGGAAGCGGCCACUGACUUCCCUGAGACAGAGAAGGGUCCCUCAGAUUCUGGAUGCGGAGUAAAAUCAAGGUGGAUCAUGGAAGAAGAUCACAAAUAUGACAUUUCACAGGGAGACUGGACACAACUGUGGCCGAAGUGUACUACCUCAGCUCUUCAUUCUGAUACCCUGAGAAAGACUUCUGUGAAUCUGGAUCAGGUGACCUUGAAGGGAGUAGGUGUAUACUUCAAUGAGGAGGAGUGGGCCAUGCUGGAUCCAGAUCAAAAGUCCCUGCACAGGGAAGUCAUGGAGGAGAACUUGGAAAUCGUGGUCUCUCUGGCCAAGUCCAAUUCCUCCCACUGAUUUGUCAAAAGAUGCAGAGAAAGGUAGUUUCACAGAAGGAAAUGAGAAAUGAGCUACUAGAAGGAAUGGCUGCCAGGACUGAAAGUGAUGUGCAAGAUACUGAAGAUGAAGGAGAA